AUGGCCCCGACUACCGGGAUACUUGGUGCGCUGGUGUUGUUAGUUGUCUGUACGCCGAUGCUACGGGCAACGGAAAAUGAAAUUCCCGAAACGGUCCACCAGCUGACAGCCAGUGUUAAUACGCGAAGACUAGCGAACGUGGUAGGCGAUGAGUUUGUCAGCUUCUCCACCAAACCGCAGGAUAUCUUCGAUGGUCAGGGUAAUCCAAUCUGCGAAACGAGCUUCCUAAUGGCACAGAGCCUCGGCCGAACGUAUCUGAAGGUAGUGGCCGACUCGUCCCAGCUGCAUCUUCAAACGACCGGUGGCCAGAGCGUGAUUGGCGGACCGGACGAUGCUGGUUUGGUGCAGAUCAAGGCGAGCGCCUGGCAGGCGUUCUACGAAUGGGCAAACCGGGCUGGAGUGGUACCGGUGUUUGUGCUAGACUAUCCCACCGAUGGUGGCUUGUGGGAUCCGAAAAAGGCACUUCAGGUUCUAUCCGCCGCUAGUGGAUUAGGCAUCGAAGAAUGCCAAUGGCAGCUAGGAAACGGCAAUGUGCUCGAUGGAUCGAAGUAUGGAGAAGAUUUGAAAACAUUCCGAACCAUGCUAAAGGCCUUCCCCAAGCAACGGUGGGGAGUGGUAGCCUGUGAGCUAAAGCCAAACGGAGCUGUACCCCUGGAAGAGAUUCAAUACUUCCACGCCAACAUUGACACACUUGUGGAUGCCAUCACUAUAUCGAGACCUCUUUAUGGCGAAAGUACUUGGAAUUCUAGUAGUCUCCAGCGAGAGGCUCAUCUACGGGGUCUCUACCGUCAGCGCCUUCCGCUGUGGCUCGAUCUGGUAGACCAGAGGAAAGAAGAACCUCAGCAAAAAAUUCCCUGCGAUGACCGAUGUCUUAAGGAAGGUCUGGAGUACGCGCGAACCCUAGGGGAAGCUGCCCGUGGUGGCGUUAGUACGGUGUUUAAGCCCGUUCACCGCAGCUCCAUCCAGCAGUACACGCUGGACUAUCUAACGGCUCUCCUCUAUAAGCGAACCGUUGGCAAUAAGGUGUUCUCCGUGCAGCAACAACAACCGGAUGUCAGCAGGACAUCGAUUUACGCUUACUGUACACGAAAUGUGAGCGGCUCCGUAACUCUGGUGGUGGUCAACGAAGAGGAAACCGACGCAAUCAAUGCAACGAUAAGGUUGACAACCCGGGCACUCUCGUCUUCGGUAGAACUAUUUCUUGUCAGCGUUCAAAAUGGUCUACCGAUGGUGAAUAAUCGAGCCUUUACGGAUGGCAGCACCGUACCGGAGCUAGAGCCCGUGACGGCCGUGACGACCCUCUCGAACGGGGUUAGCUUCUAUGUCCCGGCGCAGACGAUCCUGUUCGCCACCGUGCCGGAUGUGCAGGUGCGCGAGUGUCGUAACAUCCACCUUCCAACCUUGCGGAAAUCGGUGUUGUCUCGCGAUCUUAUCAACGAUCCUACCUCGACCGAUGUGCUACUGCAGGAGUUGAUUGGUGCCCUGCUCGAGCACGCCCCCCUGGAACCGUUACAACGGAGGCGUCGUUCGGCGGUGACGGAAAAACGUAAACGAUUUCUCUCUCGUUUCUCUGGUGCGGCACAAGAUGGCGACCUUGCGGAGAGUCUCGCACAGGCACUUUCGGGAGCGCAACCGGAACCUUCACCGACGGAACGGUCCGUCCGUGGCCCCCGUCAGACGCAGGCCUAUAAGCGCCAACAGAGACGCGUUCGGCAGAAGGAAAAGCGUGUCGAGAAGCGUAACCUCCGCAAGAUGAAGCACCCCCUGCGGGAGUCGUACCGGGAACGAGCCAAACGCGGUGGCCACCAGCUGCUGAUGCACCGGGCGACUUCAAAACACCCGAAUCACCGCGUCCACCAGCGAUUGCUGAAGCGGAUGUCAGCUAAAUUGGCUAGCCGCAAGACGAAACGAUCCUCCUUGGCGGAGGCCGUCAACGAACCGCCCAGUUUUACAACCAGCGACGAGGAGGAGCAGCAGGGCAACCGAUCUGAUUUCCCGCUCGGUGACGUGCAUCUGGUGAUCUCGAAAACUGCAGGCAGCACCGAUGGAGGGUUGGACUACGUUUCCAUGGACAGCGAGGGAUCGGAAUCGGUUGAGUAUCGGAGGCCGGACCGACGUACACCAAGGCAUCGUCCGGGAGUGCGACGGAGGAUCACCAUCAGCCAGCGGGACUUUCAUCGGUUCGGACUAGGACGGGAACGGAUGCCGGUGGACAGUGAAGAGAAGGUCGAUUGCAAGUACCAUCGCAGCGUUCCGCGACGGAAGGAACAGGACAUGGAGACAAGAGAAACGAAGCGUGUCGAUCGGUACAUUCCGAUCGAAAUAGAACGAGUGGAUCAGCGUCAGGAGAAAUCUGCCGAGGGUACAACCAUGCCCCCGGGUCACGGAGCAGAAGACAGUCGGGAAGGUUUCACAAUUGCUCACUCAACAAACGAAAAGGAAAACGAUGGCAACAACGAGGAGCUGACAGAAGGAAGCUCUCCGAACGGCCCUUCGGAGGACCUGGAAUCGGAUGGCUUCGAUGAACCUGAAUCGAACCGCGCUGAACCGGAAGAAAUGCAGCUUUUCACUCCCGCUCCUCGCACCAGCGCAGAACGAUCGAUUGUGCCCUGGCUGGACAAUCCUCCGCAGUGGUCGCUGGAGUCUACUUCCGCCGAGGUGGCCGAGGUGCUGCACCGACGGUAUAAGCGGUCCGGCGGGCAGGCGCUUGAAUCGGUCGAGUCCCACGAGGUAGAACGGUUGGAGGACUUUUUCCGUACGAACGCGAAACUGCAGCAAAAGUUUGCCGAAAUGUUCGACCUGCUGCUGGAGGCAAUCGAGGAGCUAGAGGAGUCGGAAGAAAAUGACGCAAAAGAGGACACGGACGACGAUGAAGAUGAGACAAGCGAGAACGACACGCAUAGGCGCAUCAAGCGGAAUGCGCUGUUGCAUCCGCAAUCGUGGGAGUCGCGGGAACGAUCCAACAUGAUCCAGCGUCAGCAGGAAUCGAGCGAAUCGAAAGAGAAUCAAAUCGAGGUGGUACGAAACGAACGGGCCGAUCCAGAGGCAACUGGCACCGAGCAGCCACCGGUGGACGACCAGCCGAACCGGCCACUGCUGGGCAGUGACGAGGGUAAGCCUGGUGCGUAUGUGCUACGAUCGGUGGUCAACUUUAUGAGAAGGGCGACGAGCGAAUUCCAUCAACUGUUUUCCGGGUGGUUUAAGAAAACAACCUGA